ACAUGCCUCUUGACGUCAUUUGGGUUUAUUAACAGUCAGUCCACAGUCGUCAACAUCACUUACACUCCGCUCUCCUCAGCACCAGCAAAUGCUCCUGGACGCGCUCCUCAGCCGCACCGCUCUCACGAGAGUGAAGAGUAGUCGGACUAAAGGCUUCACCUGAGCUUUAAAAAUUACAUUUGGACGCCUCCAAUUAACUUAUCUUGAAAUCCAUGUGCAAACAAAGGCGGGUGUUGACGGGGGAGAAAUGAACGAAAGCCUGGAGACAAAUGAAACGACGGCGCCUGUCCCUUGGAUCGAGCCCGGGGAUGGCAACCACAGUUUGGGGCUGUCCUCCUGGCUUUUGGACUUUCCCGUUAACCCCUGGCAUGUCAUGCUGUGCAUGUCGGGCACCGUGAUCGCCUGCGAAAACGCCAUCGUAGUCGCCAUCAUAUUUUACACGCCGACCCUGCGAACGCCAAUGUUCGUUUUAAUCGGCAGUUUGGCCACGGCGGAUCUCUUGGCCGGUAUGGGAUUAAUCUUGAAUUUUGUAUUCCAGUACUUGAUCUCCUCCGAGACCAUAAGUCUUGUGACUGUAGGUUUCCUGGUGGCGUCUUUCACCGCCUCCAUCGGCAGCCUGUUGGCGAUCACGGUCGACCGCUACUUCUCGCUGUACAACGCACUGACUUACUUCUCGGAGAAGACGCUCUACUACAUCCACACCAUGCUGGUGGUGACCUGGGGAGUCUCGCUCUGCCUCGGGCUGCUGCCCAUCCUGGGAUGGAACUGCCUCAAGGAGCCGUCCUCCUGCAGCAUCGUCAAGCCGUUAAUCAAGAGCAACGUGGUCCUUCUGGCGGUGUCCUUUUUCGUCAUUUUCAUGAUGAUGUUAACGCUGUACUUCAAGAUCUGCAAGAUCGUGUGCCGGCACGCCCAUCAGAUCGCUCUCCAGCAACACUUUUUCGCGACCUCGCACUACGCGGCCACCAAGAAAGGUGUGUCGACCCUGGCCAUCAUUUUGGGGACCUUUGGGGCCAGUUGGCUCCCCUUCGCCAUAUAUUGCUUAGUGGGUAAGCAGGACUCUCCUCCCGUGUAUACGUACGCGACCCUUUUGCCAGCCACCUAUAACUCCAUGAUCAAUCCCAUAAUCUAUGCCUACAGGAACACGGAAAUCCAGCGAUCCCUUUACGUCCUCUUCUGUGGUUGUUUUCAAACUAACGUGUCUUAUCGUUCGAGAUCCCCCAGUGAGGUCUAAGUCACGUUUUAGCUGUUUUAUUUAUUUAUAUUCAUGCAUUUGUAUAUUAUGUUUCGUAUGUUUUGCACAGUGACAAUCUGCUUUUGGUUGGUUGUAUUUGAAAGCAUUUCCGUGGUAAAUGUUUGUACAGCAUCGGCACUUUACUGAGUCGUUGGAUAACUAUGGCCUAUUUUUAAAUACUGUGAACAUACAUACUUUGGAUAUAAAAUUUGCAUCAUGAAUGUAUUUAUAUCUAAAAAGCACUUUAUUCGGUGCACCCAUAUGCCAAAGCAGUGUCGCAUAGGCCUUGAAGUUUUAAAGUUAACGACCACUUGUAGCUAUACUUGUGACUACUGUUGGUGAUUUUCUAUUUUGUAUGUCUAUGUACGUUUUAUAAUCACGGGAUGACUAUAUGAAAUAAAACUAAAGUACCGAAACCGCCUCACGUGUUUCUUUGCUACAUUCGUAAUGCCUGUGUGAACUAUUAAUUAGGUAUUAUAAAUUAAUUAGCGGGAUCACACG